UCGAACUAAUUGUGUGUUUGUUACAAUGGUUAACCUAGAAGAAAAUUCUACCAUUAUCAGCGAGACUACCAAGCUGGUCAAAGACAUUUCAUCACUCUUUUUGAGUGAAAAAUUUUCAGACGUCACUUUAAUUCUCGACAACGAAAGAUUCUUCGCUCAUAAGGUCAUCCUUGCUGCACGAAGUUCAUACUUUGCAGACCUUCUUUACGAUGGAAAAAAGGAAAUAGAACAAUCAGAACUGACAAUAUCUUUAGACACCUCACCUGAGGCCUUUCGAAGUGUUCUUAAAUUCCUCUAUACAGGUAGCAUCACCAUAAGCCCCUCAAACUUCGAUCCAACUCUAGACCUGACCAGUUUAGCUCAUCAGUGUUCACUGACUGAUUUCGAAUAUGCCAUUGCAAAUCAAAUAAAAUCUGUACUCAGCCUCAAAAACAUUUGCUCGACUCUCAAUACGGCCAAUUUGUACGAGCUGGUGGAAAUUCGCGAUGCAUGUCAUUCUUUUGCCGAUCGUCACGCUUCGGAAAUCAUCAACAACGAUUGUUUCCAGGGGUUGAGUCAAAAAUCUUUAAUUAAGGUGUUAGAACGAGACACUUUUUUUGCUCCCGAAAUAGAAAUUUUUAAAAGAGUAGCCCAAUGGUGUCAGAAAAAUAACGAUGUAGAUGGUUUACUGGUCAAAUGCGUCCGAUUGUCUUGGCUGAGUGUUGUAGAAAUAGUGUCCAUAGUGUGGCCUUCAAAACUUGUAGACUGUGAAGACUUACUUCAGGCGAUUGCAGAAGCUGUAGAUGUUAAACCGAGGAAAUCCAACUGUAGAGCAAAAUUAUUGAGUGGUGUCAAUGUUGCUACCUCUGAACAUAAAGCUGCGGUAACAACUGGACGAAGAAAUAUCAAAGAAUUAUUGUCUGGCAACAGAAACAUCAGUUUACAUGCAGACCAUGAUAUUAAGCCCACUGAAAAGAAUGGAAUAACGAUUAAAUUUGGGUACCCUCUCGUUAUUAAUCACAUUCAUAUGAUGUUGUGGGAUGGUGCAGUAAGGUUUUAUCAAUACUAUAUCGAAGUCUCAACUGAUGAGAAAAAUUGGAGCAAAGUGGUAGAUUAUAGACAAUAUGCAUGUCGCUCUGUCCAGAAUCUUUAUUUCGAAAAAGUGAUAACGCAGUAUAUAAGAGUUGUUGGUACACACAACAGUGUACAAAAUGAGUUUCAUCUUGUAUUUUUCGAGGCUUAUUUCAAAGAUGAGAUACCAAGAAUUGUGAACGGUAUUGUCUGCCCUACAACAAAUGUUGCUACAGUAGACAAGAAGGCAGUGGUUGUAGAGGGAGUUAAUGGAGCCGCUCUUCUCGAUGGCAUAACAUCCAAUUAUGGUAAUUAUACGCAUCACGUUAUCGGUUCUGGAAGUAUAAUAGUGCAGUUAGCACAACCGUUUAUGCUCUCCAGCAUGAAGUUGUUGUUAUGGAAUAACGACAGUCGCUUUUACAAAUAUUACAUUGAAGUUUCAAUCAAUAAGUCUGAAUGGACCAUGAUAGCUGAUCACCGAAAUGAAGAAAACAAAUCUUGGCAAAUAAUUCAUUUUUCUGAAAGACCUAUUGUCUUUAUAAGAAUCACCGGGACCGGAGCUUCCGCUGGAGCUGGAAAUGCUUUGCACUUACUACAUUUCGAGUGUCCAGUCAGUGACGAGGUACCAAUCUACAAAUGAAGAACCUUACGAGAAAAUUGCUGUGUACUAGGAUAAAAAUAAUCAUGUAUAAAUAUACGAUUUAUUGAA